AAUUUCUAUGUAGGGCGAACAUAUCCGCCUUUUAUGCCACGGCAUACAGGAAGGCUUUCUUGACGGGCAGACAACUGAUGUCUGUUCAAGCCACAGCCUGCACCUCCUUACCCUCUUGGGGGUUGGUUGGAAGCAGUUGUCGAUCAGGUCUGUUCCUGCCCGCUAAUCAGAAGAACACAGUUUUCUUGUCCGGAACAAUGGCGUCGGAGUCGGUCGCUUAUGCUGGUUCUAUGACUUAUUUGCAUGCCAUCAGCGACCUGUUCUUUGUAAUUUCUAGCAGGAUUCUUAACAUUACUCAGAAAUAGGCGUUCACCUCACCGAAACACGCACCACCCCCUUUCGUAUGCUGAUUUAGGGCAAAGAAAGCGAUCGAGAUUUUCGAAAAUAUUCCAUGAUUUCUAUGUAUAAAGGUGCUACAUCCUCGAAGAACUCGUGGCAUUAGCUUUCUUUUUCUUUGCACGACAGUCAUUUCGUUGAGGUCAAGCUAGUCUCAAGUCAACAAUACAACCUCUUCAACUACCUCACCAGCUUCCGUUCGUUUAUCAGAUACGCCUGGUAGCUCCUUUUCCUCUAUCUAGAAGGUUAGGAUGUUCUGUUCCUUAGGAGGCUCUGGGAUACAGUUGGCCCACAACAAUGCACUAGAGGAACUGCUGGCCUGGGACCGCUGCGGUAAUUGCAACGCCGGAUCCAGCGAACAAACAAACCAUUCCAUCCCCCGAACAACAUGGGAGGACUUGGUUGACCCUUCGAAACUGCUUUUGGCUUUUUCGGACCCCGGAUCAACCGAUAGCAUCAGGUCAAGAUCUGCCACGGACCAGACGAACACCAUCACAGCUACACUGAGAGAUGGAGAUGGACAUACCGCAGCCGAGGCCGCAUUUACAUCACUUGCCAAGGAUCUCGACAAACAAUGCAAUAUUACAACAGCGGACACCUUGCAGACUUUUGCCCCUGAGGACCACUUGGACCAGCGCACCGAUGCCGGGAACACAGUUAGCGAGGAGCUAGCAACCAAUAUGCCAACAGAAGAUGAGUUCUGGACAUGGGAUGAGCAGCGCCAGAGGUUCGUUCACAAAGAGAAGAAUGGAAGAGAAAUUGUCUGCCCGACUUGGUUCGAUUAAACCUUUGAGAAAGCACACUCGGCCCUCUUGAACAUCACCCACCACAGGACAACAAUCAUAACUACGCGAAUAGUACACAAGGUAGUACCAACAAGUUUUUAGACACAUAGAUACAGCUGAUAAAUGAAGUUACAGUGCUAUAGCAUCCCGACUCUUGCAAAGCCUCCAAUUCUUGACCGCAUAACACUUCACUGUCCUUCAACCUCUCGCAUACCUGUUAACACCAACACCGUGGUGCACGUAUCAAAGUUUAAGCAACACAAGAAUACAGUAAUUGCACCACAACUACCGUAUAUCAACGAAAACUCUAAUGUAAACACACCCUCAAAGCAAUUGGCAGACGCUGUAACGCAACAGGCAAGCCACCUAACAAAUCAUUACACCGCAUUCUUAAACUGACUAUCUGAUAGGCUCAGCACUGCUCAAUGGAAGCACUCAGUCGUCCUGAUUCGCUGCAUAACAAGAAUUUUGACCGUCUAUCUUCAAAAAGGAACCCCCUGAGAAGUGGAGCCCUGCGCUGGUAGUCCGAGCAACGCAAACGACGAAGGCAUGGACCAUGUGUUCCACCACCCCCUGGCAGCAUCCAAUCAUGAUUCAUUAGAGUAACAGUUGAUGCUUUGGAAGAAGGCACACAGUCUAUAGUCUGAUCAGGCUAAAUACUGCAAGAAAAAGCAUUUUGAUACGAGAGAUCUGUCAGUCGUUGCGGUGCAUUAUUUUCCUCUUGCCAGUUUUCCAGGUCGAGAGGGGCUCAAGCUUUGAAGACAGGGGGACCGAUUCUUGACGAGCUUCUGACAGUAACAUAUACAAGAAACAGUCAUAGCAUUUCUACUAGGUACCUAGAGUUUGGUGCUUUUUUAUCGGGUUAUUGCAGCAAAGGGUACCGUGUUAGAUUUACUAGCUCAUUCUAAGUGCAAUAGAUACCUAUGAAGC